CGCCCCCCUCUCGCAUCCUCAGAGCGGGGCGAACGCGACCAUUUUGCGGGGGGGAAUCGGUGCGGUGGGGUCGGGUUGAGCUGAGCGGGGCCGGGGGGCUCCAGGCCCACGUACAGUGAACGUGGACCCUCCCACGGGUGGGCUCGGGCCGGAGGCUGCGGCCCUGAAGGGGCUGAGAGACUCGGCUUGAAGCGCUUGGGCCCAGCUGUGUGGGGAGGGGGGGAGAACAGGAGGCUCCGAAGCUUGUUGUUUGAUUAGCGGGGUUUAUUCUUCUCUUUCAUCCCUUCGUUCUGCUGGACGUGUCGGCCUGACCGGGCCUGAAGCAGAGGGGAAAAUGUCCAGGCCUGUCAGGAACAGGAAGGUGGUCGAUUACUCCCAGUUUCAGGAAUCAGAUGAUGCUGAUGAAGAUUAUGGGAGAGAUUCAGGUCCCCCAUCCAAGAAAAUCCGCUCAUCUCCCCGGGAGGCUAAAAAUAAGAGGCGAUCUGGGAAGAAUUCUCAGGAAGACAGUGAGGAUUCAGAGGAAAAAGAUGUGAAGACUAAGAAAGAUGAUUCGCACUCAGCAGAUGAAGAUUUUGGCAGUGAAGAUGAUGACUUAGGAGCAGAUGAUGGCAAAGCUGACAGUGACUAUGAGAGUUCUCAAAAAAGCAAAAAAGGAAAGAAGGCCAAACCAGAUAAGAAUAAGAGAGCCUCUAAAUCCAGGAAAAGGCCUGCAGAGGACAGUGAGGACGAGAAAGAAGACCACAAAAAUGUUCGUCAACAGAGACAGGCAGCAUCCAAAGCAGCUUCCAAACAACGAGAGAUGCUUAUGGAUGAUGUGGGUAGUGAGGAGGAAGAACAAGAGGAUGAUGAGGCACAGUUUCAAGAGAAUUCAGGUAGUGAUGAAGAUUUUCUUAUGGAAGAUGAUGAUGAUAGUGACUAUGGCAGUUCAAAAAAGAAAAAUAAAAAGGCCUCCAAGAAGUCCAAGCCAGAGAGGAAAGAAAAGAAGAUGCCAAAGCCCAGGCUAAAGGCUACAGUGACUCCCAGUCCAGUGAAAGGCAAAGGGAAGGCAGGCCGCCCCACAGCUUCCAAGACAACAAAAGAAAAGACCCCAUCCCCCAAAGAAGAGGAUGAAGAGCCUGAAAGUCCUCCAGAAAAGAAAAAAUCAGCCAGCCCUCCACCAGAGAAGUCAGGGGAUGAGGGAUCCGAAGAGGAAGCACCCUCUGGUGAAGAUUAAAUGGCAGUUGAGGAAAUCUUUGUUUUAAAAAAAAAAAAAAAGAGAGAAAAAAGGAAAAAGAAAACAUACUUAGGGGUAGAACACGGUUUUGGCUGUGGCUUGACUCAUGGGCUUUGAAUGCUGUCUUUACUUUCAGCUGUUUAAUACAGUGUAUCCUUUUUUUAAUAAGAGGAAACCCUCAUACAGUAAUAUUUUGAAGUCACUGUUCUCUGUUGGCCAUUCCGUUCUCCCUCCCCCACCAAAUCCAAAAGCCAUUUGAGACAAAUUAACAGACCAUUUAAAUCUAUAUUUUUUUCAAGGGAUACUGCAGUUGUGAAGCAAUAAGGUUUGGGACUGAUACAUGGAAACCACACUUACGAAUCAUUGAGUAGAAUAGAUUUCCCAGUGCUGGUAAGAGUUCUUCAAAACUAUUAUUCUGUAUCUGAAUAAGUGGUUAAAAAAAGAAAAACAACCAUGCUUUAAUAGACUUUUUCUCAGUAGAAGUACCUUCUCUCAGAAAAAUAAGAAAUAUUAUAUAUAUAUAAACUGCAGAAGAGGAAACAUGGGGAGGAAGCCUGUGUUUCUUGGAUUCAUGCAACUUUUUAAUGGAAAGCAAUCAAGAGACUUGUAGGGCGUCCACUAUGUUUUAUCUAGAAAAAUCCUCCAGUUAGGAUGUAAGAUCUUUCAUCUUUCCUGGAUAGAGUACUAUUCUGCUUAGGCAAAUCUCAGUUCAUUCUAUACUAUUUCAGUCGCACAACCUAGAAGCUGCUCACGUCCAUUAAUUCUGUUUAACUUCUUCCAAGGUUGGCUGUAGAUGGGCAGAAUAGGGAAGAGAAAUUGAAAACAAGUUUUAAAGCUCUGGUUUCUGUUUGACAUUGUGGAAUUUUAUUUUUUUUUUCCCUUGGAACUUUAUAGAAAUGAUGUACAGCAUAGAAGUAGGUUCCUUUUUUUUAUUUGCCUUUUGGGGUGAGGGAUGUCCUUUUAUAAAUGUGAAGCAAAGGAUUCCUGUAAUGCUCUGGUCAGUCUCGGAUCCCAUGAGUCACGCUUAAGUGCUUCUCUUCUCUCCCUCCACCUGUCCUCAGAAAGGCUGUGUAAUCAUGUCUAAGCCUCUCCAGCUACAGUGUUGGACAGUAGACUUCCAUUGAUAGUGAACAACACCCCAGUACCACUUCCAUUUCUUUAUCCUCCUAUCCUGCAGUAUGGGAGGAUUUACUCAUUCUGCUCCCACACUGAUACAUCUGCCUCUGGUUGUCAUUCUGUUCCCUAAGCCUAAGAAGUAUGGAGUAGGAAGCAACAUUAAAGGAUGAAGCUGAGAGGAAAUGAAGGCUGAAAACAGUGUAGCAGGGCUAUAGUUUUACAACAAAAGCAGGAUGUCCCUCUAAAUGCGAAAUACUUGAGGUGUUUGUAGUGGCAUUUUAAUGUGUUUUUAUCAAAGCAGCCAUAUCCUUUUUUAAACUUAAUUGAAAUACACAGGCCUUGGUUUUUAAACCCUGAUGCAGAGAUUGCUGCCAUGUUUGUUGGUGGAAAUACUAAAAACUGGACCUGCCAUUUUUCUUUCUUUUAUUUUUUUCUUAGACCCUUUGUGCUUUUGUAUGUUGCUCACAGUUACCUUACAGCUGGCAAGCUUUGCAUCUCUCUUUUUUUUUGUCACUGAAGUACCUAUUUUGUAACCAGCCUCUUGAAGGUAACAUAAGGCAGCUAACUAGUGGGAUUUCUGGUGCGUUUGCUACCAGAUUUUUAAUCCUGUUUGGACUUCAGAGAGCUCUUAGAUGUGAUACACUAAUAUGACCAGGAAGGACGCUUGGCUGAAUGGCAGAGGGAGCCUGAAGAUACUGAGCACAGUGUGGAGCCUAUACCACAGAAUGGAACAUUAAUAUAACAGCCAAGUGAUUGUCUUGUGUGAUUCAUAGCCAUGGAUUUUAUUGAGGCUGGUAAAUUACCUUGGCUUAUAAAAAUAUAAGUUCUCUAACAUUCUUUACUAUAAUGAAACUACUGUUGCCGUUACAAUAAAGAUGAUCGGUGUUUCCAUUGUAAAUCUUUUUUUUACCUGGUUUAGUUUUGCAGAGCAGCUUAAGGCUGGAGUCGAGUAUCAGUCUUCAAAAAGAAGUGAACUUGCUCCCCUUUCCUCCUCACCAGCUUUUCCCAUCUUCUGGGAGGCCAGAACCUCUUGCAUCCCCUGCACUCCUCUCUCAGCAUUUCUUGGGUAAUACAGGAAAAUAAACGGCCAAAUAUCAAAUAAGCUUGGAUUGAUAUUUUGGGGGUCAUAUAUACUUUCCUUAGUGUCUGGCCCAUGUAGUUUUUCCCCCUUCAAUCAAGUCUAUUUCGAGUUAUUCUAAUCUCUCUAGAGUCUUGAUUUGUUUUUCGUAUUGAAGCAUACAAGGAUCAAAGAAAUGCAGAAUACCUCCAGUUGAUCUGAUCACGCAGCUAUUUCUUUACCUGCUAGACCAGAUAUUGUUUUCUAAAGAGUGUAUUUUGUAUGUUCCACUUAAGAAAUAUAUUUGGGUUGUUAUUUUUAAUUCUCCUAACACGGUUAACUUAAAUUCAGGCUGUGAAAAAUACAUUUCUGUUGUAUUCAGUUCAGGUUUUGGACUGCAGGUUAUUUUAUGCCUGGUGACUUUGGCCCUUUCUCUCGUAAAACUGUUCUGCUUUCUCAUAUAUUCAUCUUUUAAUUGCUGUUACAGGCUGCAUGAUGCUAUCUUGGUGUCACAACCCAAACACUAUGUAAACCCUGUUCUACUACUGGGAUUUUGUAACGUUUUCUAUAACCUUACUGUUUUGCAGGUUUGUGCAGACACUAAGCCCUAAUGGCCUCUUGGUUACCCUGUUAGAAACACCACAGUUUACAUUUUUACAGACUGAGGAACAUUGUGAAGGUUAAUGCAUAACUUUUCAGUUCACGCUUUUCAGUAGCAACAGACUUAACGUUUUAAAACAUCCUUCUAAAUUAAUUUGUAUGUUAAGUAUUCUGGUUUCUUGAAUGAAAGCUGCUUAAAAAAAGCCUUUCUCUCAAGACCUGAAUAGUCCUCCAAGGAGCAGAAAGCUUCAUUCACAGAGACCUUUGAAGAGGUUGUCUUCUGUUAAACAGCUGUAGUUGUGGAGCCUUUGCAGUGAGGUAAACAGGUUUAUUCCAAAGCUCAGUUAAUCUUGUUCCCUGCCCUGGUCUCACACUUUAAAGGGUUUAUUACUUUCUAAUCUGUGUCUCUCUGUACAUUCUGUUUUACAUUUGUAUGCAAAGAUUACUGUCUAACUGGCCGCAAGGCUUGAUGAGUAAAGAUUUGCAAUUUUGUUUGGAAUUUCACCCUAAAGGUUACUUGUUCCAGUUUGUAUUUGAUCAGCAUGAGAGUACCAAACAUGUCAAGCUAGAUGGGUUUCAGGAUGGCUUGUGGGUGAGAGCACUUAGAAAUACAGCAGCCAAGAAACUUUUAGUUCUGUUAGCUUCAGCAAAGCAAAGGGAGUGCAUGGGGAGAGAAGCAGUACACCUUACCUACAUGCUAGGAAACCUGAUAAAUGCCAGUUAAUGGCUCUGAGCGUGCUCAGCUCCUGUGCCACCACGCAACUGCAUCUGCAGGUGAUGAACUAUCAGGGCAGUGGCAGAAAAUGCACUUGAAUUUCUUUUUCUUUUUUUCUUCUUUUUUUUUUUUCCCCCUCCGCUGUUGAUGGUCACAAAGGUACAAUAGACACUGAGGCACCCAGGUUAAGGAGGGAGGGAAGUAAACUGUAACAUGCUGGAAGCUUUUGAGCUGUAGAAACUGGUGCUUUGCUUUAUGUAAUUUGUUUGUGAAGUGUUUAUUUUUAUAACAGAUCAUAUUGUUGAACACAUGGUUCUUUAAAAACCACAAACUGAUCCAUGAGUUUUAAGUAUUUGAGAAGUGGAAAUUCAUCUGUUGGGGGAGGCAGGAUAUGAAAAAUGUGAGCAGAUAGCUGUGUAAAGGGACACUGUCACAAGGUAGUUGUUGGCAUAUAGGAUUUGUUAAGUUGGGGGGUGGGUGGGGUCCCGUCUAUAUGUGGAAAUUAUAUAUUCUAUAUGUAUAUGAUCAAAUAGAAACAUUUCCCUGAACUUUGAAUAUUUUCCUAUAGUUUCGGGAGGUUUAAAUACGAAUGAUGUACGUGGAACUGGGCAAUGAAGCUGUUCUGUUCUUAAUGCUCAAGGUGAUGCUUUCCUAAACGUGCUGAGGAAUAGGAGAGCUCUGAAAGGUGACAGUGUCCUUUCGAGUGUCCCCAGAUUGAGCAUAUCCUCAUUGUAGACUUCCCAUGUCAGUAGCAGGCUGGCAUCCGAAUGUCUUUUCAUUGAACUCUUUGUAUUAAAAAACAAAACAAAAACGUUUCUAAGCCUAGUCAAGUCCUCACUUAUGUGCUGACUCUGCAUCAACCACUAUGGGAAACAACUAACUGCCUGCCCCCUCCAGCUGCAGUGAGUCAAAUGGGGUCCAUCGGUCUGAGCAUGCUCAGUGUGACUGCAAAAACACCAUUGUGCAUAUGCUUUGUAUAUUGGGGCGAGGGGGUUUUUUAUAUAUAUAUUUUGGGAGGGGUAGUGGGUGGGAUGGAGAAAUACUCAAUCGACUUAAGCCAGAAUAAUGUGUGUAAAAGCCCCUGAAGUAUUUGGUGUGUGAGUGCGCGAGUGUGAGUGCGCGCAUGGGAGUGUCUGACAUCUUUAAUUCCCUUUUGUGUUAUGAAAACUUGUGAGUUUUACUUAUUAUUAUUAUUGUUUUGUUUUUUUUCCUUUCCUGCAGAAGCAAUUGUUAACAAACAAAAAAUAAUUGUAAAUAAGAGCUACGUAACUUUCUUCUUUUUGUUUAAACCAUGAACAUCAUGUCACAGCAAACCCUGAAUCAUGGCUCUGAAGGUAGAGAAGGAAGAGACUCCAGGUAGGGCCUUGGGCCUUUGGCUUUUAGCGAAGCAUCGUUUAAUAUAUGGUAUGCAACAAAUACUUGUUCCGAGUAUUUGCAGUCCCAUGUUUGAGCUUUUCUAAAAAAUAGGGCUCUUUGCAGUUACCCUCUUUAUCCCUUUUAAUAUAUAUCUGUUUUUGUUAAUGUCAAGAGUGGCCAGAAAAAAGGGGCAGCUGCCCCAUGCUUGGGGUGUGCACAGAUGUGGCUCCCAUGGCUGGGCCCGAUAAGGUUGGCAUCUUAUGCAGUACAUUGACAACACUGAGCUCUCCAGCAUGGUACAAGGAGUUCUGUUUGAAUGUAACAUUAAUGCUUUAUUUAAAAUAAAAAAAAAAAACACAACACUUUCUUUUUCUUUAUUAUUAUUAUUUUUUUAAAGGGGUUGAAGUGAACAUGACUGUCGACCAUGUUCGUGAGUUUAUAGAUGCAACAUUCAUUGGUAGAAUCGUGUGAUGGUCUUUUGUGCUACUUAAUUUGACAUAUUCCAGUCUCUGUAUGUACCUGCAAAGAAAGAAAAGUUAAAAAGAAUAACAAAACCCUGCUUUGCUUUUAUUGAAGGGUUCCCAGGACCUGCAUACCUGCUCCUGAGCUCUGUUUUAAGUAUGUGUAUCCUUCGCUUGUAUUUUGUAUUAAAAAGAAAAACACGAGGAAAAAGAACCCUUUAUUGUUCAGCAUGUUGGAAUUGUGUCCCCUCUUUUAUUUUUUCCUCCUUUUUGGAAUAUAUUAAGCAACUCAUUCUUUCUGUAUCUUUUAUUUUCUUUUGUAAACUUUUUGGUUUUGUUUAAAAAUGGCUUUAUAAAAGGGCUUUUAUAACCCAUAAA